GAAUACUAGUCAGAGGAGGCUGCUAGCGAGUCUGACUGUUUGGAUUUUAUCAUUUCAAAGUGUUUUAAUUUCAAUGAAAAAAUAAGGAUUUUAUUUAAAUGUAACUUUGUAUUUAAUUUCAAGUCAACCCAUUUGACUCUUUUCGACAGAAACCGCUCUCAAAUUGUUUGAGCUUGGUCUAUCUCUGUCGUUGGAAAACAAUGAAGGCCUAGUUUUUGCCUAUCGCUGCUAGCUAAGUCUGGAUUAUCUACUACUACUACUAGCCUGUGUGGGAUUUAAACGGAUGACUGUACCGAUCUUCGACAUUACAAAGUGAAGUAAAAACAGGCAUGUCAUCCCAGCUGCAGGUGUUCCCACCACCCUCCGCCUCUUCCAGUGCCUUCUGCCGCAUCAAGAAGAUGAAGGUGGAGAACUGUGUCUGGGACGUGUCCUCCGACGGUCCGUACGGCUCCUUGGGGGGCCAGCAGGGCGUCGGGGGCUACUCCUUUGCUCCGUCUGCGUUGGUGUUCCCCUCUGCCCCUGGCUCCCGUGGGCAGGUGGUGGUCCGGGCGGCCGACAGCACGGGUAGCCUGCCCAGGGGGUCCGGUAGCCGGCGCCUCAACGACCACUUUGCGCACGUGCAGACCUCACACGCGCAGAUCUCACACGCGCAGACCUCGCACGCGCACGCCGAGGGGGCGGCUGGGACGGGUGCGCGGCGACAGGGCCAGAAGAGGAAGAACGAGGAGGUGAGCGGCAGCGGGAGCGUGCAGAUCCUGGAGGAGCUCUCGGCGCCGCCGCCGGUGUUCUCCACCCGGACUGGGGGCGGGGGGGGCACGGGCCAGUCCAUCCCCCACUCGGCCCCCACCACCAAGAGCUCCAGCUCCAACGGCGAGGGGGACUACCAGCUGGUGCAGCAUGAGAUCCUGUGCUCGGUGUCCUGCAGCUACGAGGUGCUGGAGUUCCUGGGGAGGGGCACCUUCGGCCAGGUGGCCAAGUGCUGGAAGAGAGGGACUAACGAGAUCGUGGCCAUCAAGAUCCUCAAGAACCACCCGUCGUACGCACGGCAGGGACAGAUUGAGGUGGGCAUACUGAACCGUCUGAGUGCGGAGAAUGCUGACGAAUUCAACUUUGUGCGUUCCUACGAAUGCUUCCAACACAAAGGCCACACCUGCCUGGUGUUUGAGAUGCUGGAACAGAACCUGUAUGACUUCCUGAAGCACAGCAAGUUCAGCCCACUGCCCCUGCGCCACAUCAGACCCAUUCUACAACAGGUGGCGACAGCACUGAUGAAGCUGAAGUCUCUGGGUCUGAUCCACGCUGACCUGAAACCAGAGAACAUCAUGCUGGUGGACCCACUCAGACACCCAUACAGGGUCAAGGUCAUCGACUUCGGCUCGGCUAGCCAUGUGUCCAAGGCAGUCUGCUCUACGUACCUCCAGUCGCGAUACUACAGGGCUCCGGAGAUCAUCCUGGGCCUGCCGUUCUGUGAGGCCAUCGACAUGUGGUCCCUGGGCUGUGUCAUCGCCGAGCUCUUCCUGGGCUGGCCCCUCUACCCAGGCGCCUCGGAGUAUGACCAGAUCCGCUACAUCUCCCAGACCCAGGGUCUCCCGGCUGAGUAUCUGUUGAGUGCCGGCACCAAGACCAGCCGUUUCUUCAGGAGAGGCCCUGACUCCAGCUACCCCCUCUGGAGGAUCAAGACUCCAUCAGAACAUGAGGUUGAGAUGGGAAUCAAGUCUAAGGAGGCCAGGAAGUACAUCUUCAACUGUCUGGAUGACAUGAUGCAGGUCAACCUGUCGACUCAUCUGGAGGGGACAGACAUGCUGGCGGAGAAAGCUGAUAGGAGGGAAUUCAUCGACCUGCUGAAACGAAUGCUCCGUUUGGACGCGGACAAGAGGAUCACGCCCACUAAGACACUGGGCCAUCCCUUUGUCACCAUGAGCCACCUUCUAGACUUCCCCCACAGCUCCCAUGUGAAGUCUUGCUUCCAGAACAUGGAGAUCUGUAAGCGUCGAAGCUCGCCGUUCGACAACAAUAAAACCCUCUUCUCCACCAACUCUGUUCCCAGCGCUGCAGCCGGAAACCUCACGGUGACAUUCAGUAGCCAGCUCAACCAGCAUAACCAGGUGCCGUCAGCAGGGGGAGCUGUUCCCCUCCUGAACUACCAGCCAGCCUUGUACCAGCAGGCCACCAUUAACAUUCCCGGGCUGACCCAGCAGAGUGUUCAGGCCCGGCCCGCCGCCCUGGCCUGCCAGGCCGAGCCGUUCCAGCAGACGCUCAUCGUAUGCCCGCCGAACACCAUACAGGGUCUCCAGUCGUCCACUAAGAGCUCCAGUUACCCAGUUAGGAUGGACAGCUCGGUUCCCAUGGUGAACCAGACCCAGGGCGCCCAGCCACUUCAGCUGCAGCCGGGCAUGCUAACACAGGGCUCCUGUACGCCCCUGAUGGUGGCCACCCUCCACCCCCACCCCCCCACAGUAGCAGGUGUUACCCCCCAGUACUCAGUUCCCUUGGGGCUGGGCUGUGGGGGUGGCCGGGCCACCCUGCUGGAGCAAACUGCCACUGUGCUGCAGGCCUGGCCAGCGGGCACCCAGCAGAUACUCAUCCCGUCGUCAUGGCAGCAGGUUCCGGGCGUGGCCAUUCAUGGCUCCGCCCACCAGUCGGCUGUCGCCGAGUCGCCCCUGGAGAGCCUCCUUCCGGACACAGCCCAGCAUACGCACAGCUGGCGUGGGUCUCAGUACAGCGGAGUGCUACAGCAGAACCUGAGGGGAAAUUCGACCUUUAACCCUAGCCAGAGUCAGGCGGCCCAGAGGUCGCAACCGGAGAGGAGCGGGGCUGGGAAAAGGGCCAAGGGUCGCCGUGGCAACAGCAGAACCACCAGGGGUGUGUCCGGUCCAUCACUGCUCACAGCAACCACUGUGCUGACUCCGCCCACCUGCAGCGCCGCAGCUCUCUCUCAGCCAAUCGUCAUUUCAGACACGCCCAGCCCAGCAGUCAGUGUCAUCACCAUCCUCAGCGACUCUGAUGAGGAAGACGAGAGGAAGUUCCACCCCGCCAGCUGUGGUCCGCCCCAGAGGACGAACGUGAUCAGCUGCCUGACGGUGCACGACUCCGACUCCUCUACGGCCAGCCCCCUCACCCCCCGCCCCCUCCCUGGGUCGCGAACACACACACAUCUGCCGGGAGGCGGGGCUUCCAGGGGAAAGUCUCUGGCUGUGGUCGCACCGUCUGUAAAGACCCUGCCCACAGAGACCGGGCAACUCCAGAGUUCCUACAUCAAGCCCAAGCGGGCCAGUCGGCAGCCCUGUAGCUCUGGAGACGGAGGUGACCACCAUAGGCUCGUCCCCAGCCAAUCACAUCCCCUUAACCUCAGCCAGAUACAACCCGUAGUCUCCUCAUCCUCCUCGUCAUCUCAGGACCGCUCACACGGCAACCUGCGUCGCCAAGCAACCUACCCGCCUGGCCCCGCCUCCCACUACACCUUCCAGGAAGUGCCCGCCCUGAGCUCCGCUCCCAGCCUCUACACGUUCCCCGCCUCCGCCGCCCUAGCCUCCGCCUCCCAGGCCAUGGAACAGCUCCUGGGGCACGGCCACCCCUCCCCUUCUGCCUAUGCUGCGCCCACCGCUCCCUAUGGAGCCACUGGACUGGCCAGGAGGGACGCCGGCACCAGGAAGGAGACUUCCGUUGGGGUGGGGUCAGGGAUGAUCCACGGGGCGGGGCUUUCCGCGGCCUAUCAGCACCAGUUCAGUGGCGGGUCUCCCUACGUCAGUGUUACACCGCGGGCGGAGGCCUACAGCGGGUACCAGCUCAGCCCGCGCCGCUUGGGCCAGUACCCCUACUUAUGAUGAGGUGGGGGGGGGGGGGUGGGGGGGUUUCAGCCGUACGCAACGUGCCGGAACGAUCGGAUAGAAUAACACUGUAGAACAAGCAUGCCUCUGAAUUCCAGGUCGCCUCUGUUCUAUUCAUGGCAUUUCUAUCUGCGGGGUUGGACAACGUUUGGCGACCGAGAGGGCAGUACCCCAUAUUUAUGAGCUGUGAUUCUGGGGGUCUGGAGGCUGGUGAAGGGAAAAUAUGCCCCUCCCCACUCAGACAAUGAUACGGCACACACAUACAUGCUGAACAGCCAAUAAGACCCAGCGUAAGCCCUUAUGGAAGAAUAUGAUUGGGCUAUGGAGCAGGAAGAGGAAGUGUGUGUGUGUGUGUGUGUGUCUGUGUGUGAGGGGGGAGGUAACUAUUUUUGCACUACUGCAAUGUAUUUACUGUAAAGCAGUGGGUCACCUUAAACUAUGUUAACAUGGCGCUUCAGGACUUCCUUUUAGUAUGUAAAAAAUAAUAACACUGGGGGAUAUUUAUUUGCUAUUGUUGCUGUUAUUUUAUUUUCCCAACUGCUAAGUGUAAUUGUUUUAUCCCUGUUUUAAUUGGAUGUAGAAUGAGGCAUUCUGGUUAUUCAUUCCGGAUGUACUGUACUACGUUGUAUUGUGUUUCAGGUAAAAAGGAAACGUUUUUUUUUUUUCUUUUUCUUCAAGGAUACUAGUCUCUGUCUUGGG